UGAGAUUUUUAAUGCUUUAGUUAAGUAAAGUCAAAAAGUCCAAUAACAUACGCGCUAUGGCUGAUUGCUAAUUGAAAAAGAGAGAAAGUGGGAGGUUGAACUUAAAAGCUAAUUUACUUUCUUUAUCUCUCUCUGCUACAAUUUCGUAAUUUUGAAUGUUCAUAUGGUCUUUAUAGGAUUUUGCCAACACUUUCAUAGUCUUAUGUAUCUGGGUCUGUCUGUAUUGGCUCUGUUUUCCAUUUAUUAAUCAUUGUUUUCGUUUUUCUUUCACAAAGUUUUCCUCUUUGGUCAAUUUUCAUACGGUUUUGUCCAUCUUCAGAAUUUUUUUCAUCUGGGUCAUUCUUAUUUUAAUCGAAAUGCAAAAAAUCAACUUACUUUUAAUUAAUUUGUUUAUUUUUGUCUCCCGUAUUAUCAGAUCAUAGAUUCUUGCCUCAUUACGUGGAAAUUUCAUCAUAUCUUUCUAUAAUGUCAAUUAUUUGCCUUUUCUUCUGAGACUUAUGAAUUUAUAUGAUUUUGAAGAGUCCCAUUUGAUAAGAAGUCAUAAUAUUUGAGAAGGAAAAAAAGUUUUAAUUUUGAUUUUGUGAAAACAAGAAUGAAGCUUUUGGUUCGUAUUAUUGAGGGUCGAAAUCUUCCAGCAAUGGAUCUCAAUGGACUGAGUGAUCCGUACGUUAAAUUGCAGCUGGGAAAGCAGAGGGCUAAAACCAAAGUGGUGAAGAAGAACUUAAACCCUUUUUGGGGCGAAGAGUUCAGCUUCAGGGUCGAGGAUCUCAACGAGGAGUUACUUGUCUCUGUUUUGGAUGAAGAUAAGUACUUUAACGAUGACUUCGUUGGCCAAGUCAAGGUCCCUGUUUCUCGAGUUUUCGAUGCUGAUAGCAAGUCCCUUGAGACUGCUUGGUACCCUCUUCAACCCAAAAACAAGAAAUCCAAGAACAAGGAUUGUGGUAAAAUUCUUAUUUCUUUGUCCUUCUCUCUUAACAAUCCAUAUGGGGAUUUGAAUAGUAAUGGAAGUAGUUCUCCACUCUUGAGGAAGGAUCCUGAUUUAGGAGCUGAAUCACCUUCAAGGUCUUUCAGUGGUACAUCAAACUCUUCUUCUCCUCCUAGGCUAGACGAAUUCGCAGCUUCUAAGGAGGAGAAGUCUUUUUCACAGAAAACAUUAGCAGGUCGAAUUUGCCAGAUUUUUAAUAAAAAUAAUACAGAUUCAGCUACCUCUAGCAAAUACAAUGACUUAUUGGAGAUACCUGAAACAGUUGAGCCUGAGGAAUGUAAUACCAAGUCUGAGGAUGAGUUUGCUUCUGGUAAUUUUGAUGAACUAAUGAAAAUGAUGGAAUCAAGAGAUGAAGGAAAUGACAUGCCAUGCAAUUUACCAGGAGGUGUGAUUCAUGAUCAAUUGUAUCUCAUUACUCCACCAGACCUAAACUCCUUUCUAUUCUCAUCAGAUUCAAGCUUUCCCAAAUCAUUAGCCGAUUUGCAGGGAAGUACGGAAUAUCAACUAGGAUCCUGGAAUUUUGAUAAUGGUGGUGAGUGCUUGAAGAGAGUGAUAACUUAUAUCAAGGCUGCAACUAAAUUACUCAAGGCUGUUAAAGCCACCGAGGAGCAGACGUAUCUCAAAGCUGAUGGGAAGGUAUUUGCAGUUUUAGCCAGUGUAAGCAUUCCUGAUGUUAUGUAUGGGAGCACUUUUAAGACAGAAGUUCUCUACUGCAUCACACCUGGGCCAGAGCUUUCAUCUGGAGAACAAACCUCACAUUUAGUGAUAUCAUGGCGAACAAAUUUUAUUCAGAGUACCAUGAUGAGAGGAAUGAUAGAAAAUGGAACAAGGCAGGGCCUGAAGGAAAGCUUUGAGCAGUAUGCAACUUUGUUGUCUCAAAAUGUCAAGCCUGUCGAGUUAAAGGACCUUGGAUCCAGCAAGGAACAAGUUUUGGCAUCACUGCAGGCCGAAACUCAGUCAGAUUGGAAGCUGGCACUACAGUAUUUUGCCAAUUUCGGUGUUUUCUCCUCAGUAUUUUUGGGAUUGUAUAUUCUUGUUCACAUCUGGCUAGCCAAACCAAGUCCCAUUCAGGGGCUGGAGUUUGUAGGGCUUGAUUUACCGGAUUCAAUUGGUGAACUUGUUGUGUGUGGUGUGCUGGUUCUUCAAGCUGAACGGUUACUGGGAUUGAUUUCACGUUUCAUGCAGGCCAGACGACAAAAAGGCAGUGAUCAUGGCGUGAAAGCACAAGGAGAUGGGUGGUUGCUCACUGUUGCUUUGAUUGAAGGAAGUAACUUAGCAGCCGUUGAUACAAGUGGGUUCUCUGAUCCAUAUGUGGUGUUUAGUUGCAAUGGGAAAACUAGAACUAGUUCAAUCAAGUUCCAGAAAUCUAAUCCUCAAUGGAAUGAAAUAUUUGAAUUUGAUGCAAUGGAUGAUCCUCCUUCUAUGCUGGAUGUGGAAGUGUAUGAUUUUGAUGGACCUUUUGAUGAUGCAACAUCUCUUGGGCAUGCCGAAAUCAAUUUUGUUAAAUCAAACAUAUCAGAUUUAGCUGAUUUGUGGGUCCCUCUUCAAGGAAAGUUAGCUCAGCCUUGUCAGUCUAAGCUUCAUUUGAGAAUUUUCUUGGACAAUACAAGGGGUGGUAAUGUUGUUAACGAUUAUUUAAGUAAGAUGGAGAAGGAGGUGGGGAAGAAGAUAAACGUUCGUUCUCCUCAAACUAACUCAGCAUUCCAAAAACUUUUUGGACUUCCACCAGAGGAGUUUCUUAUUAACGACUUUACUUGUCACUUAAAGAGAAAGAUGCCUCUGCAGGGUCGUCUAUUUCUCUCACCGAGAAUAAUUGGAUUUCAUGCAAAUUUAUUUGGACACAAGACUAAGUUCUUCUUUCUCUGGGAGGACAUAGAAGACAUUCAAGUUGUUCCUCCUACUUUAGCUUCCAUGGGUAGUCCAACUAUGAUCAUGACUCUCUGGCAAGGCAAGGGUAUAGAUGCAAAGCACGGUGCGAAGACACAGGAUCGGCAAGGCAGGCUGAAGUUCCAUUUCCAGUCCUUUGUAUCUUUCAGUGUAGCUAAUAGGACAAUAAUGGCACUUUGGAAGGCUAAAUCCUUAAGUCCUGAGCAGAAGGUGCAAAUUGUUGAAGAAGAUUCUGAAGCCAAAAGCCUCCAGAGUGAAGAAAGUGGGUCAUUUUUGGGCCUUGAUGAUGUCAGCAUGUCUGAGGUUUAUUCUUCUGUUCUAUCAGUACCUACAAGCUUCUAUAUGAAGCUGUUUGAGGGUGGUGAGCUGGACCGUAAAAUUAUGGAGAAAGCUGGCUGUCAAAACUAUACCCACAGUCCAUGGGAAUCAGAGAAAGGCGAUGUCUUUGAAAGGCAAACUUAUUACAAAUUCGACAAGCGUAUUUCCCGUUACAGAGGAGAGACAAGAAGUACUCAGCAAAAAAGCCCCCUUUCUGAUAGAAACGGAUGGGUUAUUGAAGAGGUCAUGACUCUCCAUGGAGUUCCCCUUGGUGACUAUUUCAAUCUUCACAUAAGAUACCAAGUAGAGGAUUUGCCUUCAAAAUCAAAGGGAUGCCUGUUGAAAGUAUAUUUUGGAAUUGCCUGGCUCAAAAGCACUAGGAAUCAGAAAAAGAUUACAAAGAAUAUCAUUCAAAAUUUGAAUGAUCGCUUGAAAGUGAUCGUUAGUGAAGUCGAAAAGGAGUUUGCGAUGAAAUAGUCAAUGGAGGUGGUGCAAAUAAGAUCAUUAGCAUUCUUACGCAGUAUCCAGCUGACUCGGGUUUGAAUGCCCACUAAUUGAGCAUCAAGGAUCCAUCCAAGUACACCCCUAAUAGGCCUUGAAUGCAGAAGUGGUGUGGCAACAUUAUUCUUUUCGACACCCACUGCUUUAACACAGGUAGGUAGUCAAAAGCUGAGAACAAGUUGGAGAGAACUAUGGAUUCGAAACCAGAUGCUCUUAGUUUCUUGUCAAAAAAUCUAAUGGAUGAGUUCAUUGGAAUAAUAAAGGGUGCUGAAUUUUCAAUGGCAUGAACUCAUUGGAAGUUGCUAAUUCACAAUAUGUGUUGAUCUAACUAACAUGUGACUUGAUUUUGAGAUACCACUAAUUCAAGGUCAUGGGGGGUGGAUGGCUUUGCUAAUUUCUGUAAUCACCAGAAACAAGGAAAUCUAUGGAUAGUGUUACAUUACCCCAGUGUGGGAAAUUACUCUCCUGUAUUACUUGCAAAUUCAUGAAACACACAUAUUCAGUUGUAAAUAUUCAUUCUAAGUACCAAUGAAACAAAACAAUAGGCAGUAUUGCUUUCUUAUGAGUAAUGCAGCUGUGGGGCUUUGGAUUGGAUGAAACAUCACUAGUGGUUCAACUCAAGGGAGGCAUCAAUGUGGUAAUCAUCUUGGUGAAACUUACAACACAAAGUCACAAACUAAUCUGAUUUUUAUAAUGUCUUAUAUAUAUUAUGCAAUGUAAUCAUAUCAGUUGAAGAGCUAGAAAUUCAUUAUUGUGUACA